UGUGGCUUGAUCUUUUUUUUUUAUCCUCUCGUUUGAUGUUGUAUGUAAGGAGGAAGAAAUGGCUGUACAGCCUGUAGCAGUGUGUCAUUAGCAGCGUGUGUUAAUGUGUGGGUCGUGGCCGUUCUCUGAGAGUAAAACACAGGCCUGGGCUGGAGGCAGAGGGGUGGCUGUGCUGGAAAUAGCAGGCGGGCAGGCAGGGCAGAGCGAGCGGAGCCAGCCAACCCAUCCAUUACUGUGUCUGCAGCAUGUGGAAGACAUUUUCCCCUGCCAGCUUUCCACCACACGCAUCUCCAUCACAGCAGAGCAGAGGGGAGGCUGGGAAAGAGCCCUGCUCUGAGUUUAGAGGCAGGAGGACAGCAGAGGAACAGCCUGGGGAAGGAAGGGUAGGGGUUUACAGGGAUGUACACUGUGCUGCUGCUGAUGAUGUUUCUGCAAGAGCUGCUGGCUGACCAGUACUGACCGCUGACUUUUGGCCUGAAGAGCUCCAGAACAGCUGAAUGAGACUCCGGCUACAGCGUCACACCUGAGAUCCAGAAGGACGAAGCCAUUUAUUUCCAGCAGUGACUGAUGCAGGCCUGGAACACGGAUCGAAGUGUGUUUAUGUGUGUUUAUGUGUGUGUGUGUGAAGCUCCGUAGUGAUUAGUGGGUAAGGCGUGGGCAUUCAUGGCAACCGUGGAUCACCAGUGCGAGCGACACCCCACAGACGGCCAUGCCCACAGCGGGGUCAGCCCUGGGGGUCGAGUAUGUCCCGUCCACAGUCCUAAAGCGGAGGAGUCCAAGCGGGCCCACAAGGGCCUAGGCCGACACAGAGACUACAUCAAGAUCUCUGUGCCCGAGGGAAAAACCAUCCGGCUGCCCAUGGAGUGGUGGAAGACCUUCCUCGCCUUCUUCUACGCUGCCUUCAACCUGGUGCUGACCACAGUGAUGAUCACAGUGGUGCACGAAAGAGUCCCAGCCAAAGAAACCAGCCCACCACUGCCAGACAAGUUCUUCGACUACAUAGACCGCGUAAAGUGGGCGUUCACUGUGACCGAAGUCAACGGAAUGGUGCUGGUGGGGAUCUGGUGCACACAGAUGGUCUUCCAUAGAUACAGGUCCAUUGUGGGCAGAAGGUUCUUCUUCCUCAUGGGCACGCUCUACAUGUAUCGCUGCGUCACCAUGUACAUCACCACACUGCCAGUGCCUGGCAUGCACAUGACGUGUGCCCCAAAGCUUUAUGGCGACUCUCAGGCUAAGUUACAGCGCGUGCUGCAGUUGAUCUCUGGAGCUGGACUCUCCAUCACUGGCUCACAUAUGAUGUGUGGGGAUUUUCUCUACAGUGGUCAUACAGUCAUGCUGACACUCACAUAUCUCUUCAUUAAAGAGUACUCUCCACGCUCCUUCUGGUGGUACCACCUGCUCUGCUGGCUCAUGGCUGCUACAGGGGUUGUGUGUAUCCUGGUGGCUCACGAGCACUACAGUGUGGACGUGGUGGUGGCCUACUUCAUCACCUCACGUCUCUUCUACUGGUAUCACACCAUGGCCAACGUGCAGGCUGUGAAGUGCUCGCCCAGCAGCUACCUCACCCACACCUGGUGGAACCCCAUCUUCAACUUCCUCGAGCGCAACGUCCAGAACCAAGUGCCUUGCUCUUUCUGCUGGCCCGUCACGUGGCCCCCGGCCUGCCUGAAGAACCCCUGCAAGAACUACUCCAUGGUGCAGAGCGUUCGAGAGGAGUGAUGUCAUCACUGAACCUCGCACUGCUUUUUAUCUGCCGUCCCAAUCAUGCUGUAUUUAUUUAUGGCUGCCUAUCGAACAUUGUGCAUAAAUUAUACCAAAGACUGUGGAAGAGCGUGCGAGAAAAUCACUGGCUCAGGUUUAAGCAGAAUGAAGAUUAUUCUUUAAUACUUUAGAAGGUGACCAGUUACUGUUCAAAUUUCAUUUUUCUAAAUAAAAAUCCAAGAAAUAAUAUGAAUAAUUUUGUUAAGUAUGUAUGGUCCAACAACAACAAAAAUCGGUAUUUAUGCAUUUCAAUCUCUUUAAAAUGUUUAUUUUCUUUUUAUGUUAUCUUUUUCUUAUUGCUAUUAUAAACAUGAAUAUAUAAAUACAAAAAUACAAAAAAAAAAAAAAACUGUUUUAUACUUUCCCAACUGUGCCUUUCUUUUGCAUGCAAAGUUUCUUGAUUUUAUAUUAUUUGCUGUCAACUUCUGUUUUCUUUUUUCUUUUUUUGUUAUUUUGCAUACUUGUGUAACAUUAAACAUUUUGAAAAACAUUUGUACAAAAA